AGUAAGGUUUAGUUUAAUGGAAAAAAUUGCAUUUUUUUCAUUUUGAUUAUUUCACAAUGUAAAGAUUAACUUGUAAAUAAGACUUAAUCUGACCAUAAUUUAAGAUGCAAUCCAAUGUAAUUAAUCUAAAUGUUACCGAAAAGGGAAAAUUAUCUCUCAAUUCCCCUCAACCAAGAAGUUAGCUGAAAUACCAACCAAAUUGUCGAUGGUAAAGCAAAAAGUGACAUAUAAAACCAGACUUGAAAAGUGUAGGAAGUCCCAUGUUGAUUGUGGUUAAAUUGUGACCGAUAAUUUUAUAGCUUCGCUGCUGGUUAUAGUGAUGAUGAAAAAAAAGGUCUGACUGAAAUGAAUUUUAAAAACCAGAAUCUUAACUCAGCAUCGAUGACUAUUGGAAAAGUAUUGGGAAACGAUUAUAAAUGUUUGUGAAGAAAAGGAAAGGAGAAAUGACUUCUAUUGUUGAUUCUAAUUAAGAGAGUUGUGAUUGUUAUUCCGAUUGCUUUUUUUAAUGGUUAUAUUGAUUAUAAAUGUUACAUCGGGAGAGCCUCAAACUUACACACCUUUCUUACUGAUCAUCAUCAUCUGUGAUACUCGAAUAUAUGUGUAUUAUCAUCAUCAUCAUUAUCAAAAAUAACAAGCAAAAAAGCUAAAGCAUGAAAAGCUAAAUGAGUCUGUCUGAAGUUUCCUCUUGAAACUUACCUUACCCAAGGAAGCCAAUAGCUCUGAGUCUGCCUAAAUUUUGACUAUCUAUCUGUCUUCCUAAUCAUCCUGAUCAUCCUAAACCUCUUUCUUUUUCUCUUUCUGCCUAUCUCAUUUAGAUUUCACUGAAUUUCACUUCGCACUUUUAAACCUUUGCCUUUUACCAUUUGCUUCAUUGUUGAUCAUCUUCUUCAUCUUCAUUUUUUUUACAUCACCUUCCCUCCUUCCACUCUCUCCUUUCAUCUUUUUAUCUCCCUUUCUCUCUCUAUCUCUCUCUCUCACCCACUCAUAAACACACAGACCUUCUCACCCAGACACACUCUCUCUUUCCAUGUUGAUUAAUUCGUCAUCAAACCACCAGCAUCUUCAUUCACCAAUGUGAAUGGUGAAUGUUAACGCAAAUACGGUUCAACUGUAAAAAAAGUGUAACAUUUCGUAAUUAAAUUAAAAUAACUCACCAUGUCCGAAACAAAGGAAUACAGUCCAAUUCCAACAGCAGAAAAUGUUGAGGAGGGAAUUAAAAGCUCACCCAGCAGUGUUAAUGAACCAUUGAAUGGUGUUAAAGGUUCGAGCAAAAUGUCUGAUGAUAUUGUUUGCCUUAAGCCUAAAAUGUCCCUUUUGAAUGGAUGUACUGUUAUUGUUGGAAGUAUAAUUGGAUCAGGAAUAUUUGUAUCACCAAAAGGAGUCCUCAAAUCAACUGGAUCAGUGGGGUUAUCGCUGGUGGUUUGGGUCGCAUGUGGUAUUUAUUCAUUAAUUGGUGCCUAUUGUUUUGCUGAAUUGGGUUGCAUGAUUACCAAAAGUGGUGCUGAUUAUGCUUAUAUAAUGGAAUCAUUUGGUUCCUUCAUGGGCUUCCUUCGUUUAUGGGUAGAGUGUAUAAUUGUGAGACCAUGUUCACAAGCAAUUGUUGCCAGAACCUUUGCCAUCUAUAUUUUGAAGCCAUUAUUUCCUGAUUGUGAUCCACCGGAGGCAGCAACUGGUUACCUUGCUGUUGUAUGCAUCGGGCUACUUACAUUUGUUAACUGCUGGGACGUCAAAUGGUCAACACGAGUCCAAGAUUUUUUCACCUAUGGCAAACUAUUGGCUUUAGCAUUUAUCAUAGGAACUGGAAUCUACCAAAUAUCUCUUGGUCACACUGAACAUUACAAUUUUGAUAACUCGGAGACCAAAAUUACGAAGAUAGCAGCUUCUUUUUAUUCUGGUUUAUUUGCAUACAAUGGAUGGAAUUAUCUUAAUUUUGUCAUUGAGGAGCUUAAGGAACCCCAUAAGAAUCUACCAAAAGCAAUUUACAUCUCAUGUAUUUUGGUUACUGUUGUUUACACCAUGACAAUUGUUGCAUUUCACUCGACGCUUUCCGUUCCUGAGCUGUUGGCCUCUAAUGCUGUUGCUGUGACUUACGCUGAAAAAGUAUCCAGUCUUUUAGCCUACACUAUGCCAGUUUUUGUUGCAAUGUCAACCUUUGGUGGAGUCAAUGGAAUCCUCUUUACAUCUUCAAGAUUAUUUUAUUCAGGCGCUGAAUAUAAUCAAAUGCCUCAAUUAUUAUCAAUGAUACAAGUUAAACAUCAUACACCGGUUCCUGCUGUGAUAGCAAUGUGUUUACUUUCAUUGGUUUACCUCUUAUUUAAAGAUAUUUAUGCUCUAAUGGAUUAUGUUGGCUUCUCUACUUGGCUUGCUAUCGGGUUAGCUGUAGUCUGCGUACCUUAUUUAAGAUGGAAGCGUCCUGAUCUUGCUCGACCCAUCAAAGUACCAUUAUUUUAUCCAAUACUUUACAUUGCUGCCACCGUAUUUAUCAUUGUUGUACCUAUCAUUGAAGACCCAGUAUCAACAGGUUUUGGUCUGAUUAUGAUAUUAUCAGGUGUACCUGUUUACCUGUUAUUCAUUGCAUGGAAAAAUAAACCAUUAUUUUUCCAAAGAUUCAUCUACCAAAUAACAAUAACAUUGCAAAAAUUGUUUGUUGUAGUUCCAUCGGAAAAAGCUCAAGAUAUGUGAUUUUAAAUUUAUUGGCCAGUUUUUUGUCUUCAAAUUUACAGAAAUUAUGUACAUGUCACCCACUCUAUUCUUUACUGCCAAAUCAUACUUCACCAACAAAUUGAAUGAAUGAAUGAAUGAUUGAUUGAUUGAUUGACAUGUUUUAUUAAUUUAAUUAUUAUUAUUAUUACCAUUGUUCAUGUGAUGAAGUGAUUUACAUGAGUUACUAAUUAAAUUCUGUAAGAGUUUAACAUAGCUGAUUGUGUUUUUCAGAUGUGAAUUAAAAAAAACAAAACCACGUUUUGCGUCAUUGACAUCGAUGUUGCUCUUUCGUUGUUUUCCAAACUGAUUUUAAUUAGACCAACAGCAAUUAGUGAAUGAGAGUGAACAUUAAUAUAAGCAAGAUUUCUCAAAUUCAAACCUGUGAUGUGUGAUCAAACGGUUUGACCAAUAAUGAUAAUAAUAACAAUAAUAAUGACCAAUAAUUUUUCUAGGACUAAAAAUGAUGAGCAGAGAAUAUGAAACAAAAAUGAAUAAUCCAUGUAGAUAGAGCGAUUGUAAAUUAAUUAGUCCCUUUGAUUGGAUGAAAAUGAAAAUUGAAACUAAAAUGAAAUGAGAAGAAUCAAUCUUGAUGCUUAAUAUAAUGUAUUUGUAAUGAUUAUAAGGUCCAUGAACCUUUUAGUCACAUGUUUCUAUACAAACAAUAAACAAAAUAUAUCUUACAAUAAUGGAGGGAAAGUAGAGUUAACUUUUUAUCCUAAUUUUUAUGCGAUGUCACUAAUCCAUUAAAUUGUAAUUUGUAAUAAAUUAA